AUGCCUUCGACAAAUUUCAAUAGUGGAGUUUAUCAGAAGUACAUCGGAAUCCGUGAUUACUACACAGAGCUUUUCAUUGAAAAAUUGAGUGAAUUGGUGAAAUGGAGGCCAAAUGGAUCAAUUCUUGAGGUUGGAUGUGGAACAGGUGAUGCAACGCUCAAGUACAUUUGUCCAGAACUUCCUGAAGACUUCUCCAAGUUAGUCUGCACAGAUAUCUCGGAAGAAAUGGUGAAGGAUACUCAGAAGCUCUUUGCGGAGGAUCCCAAAGUAUCCUGCAGAGUUCUGGACAUCGGCAGAGACAUAGAAGCUUCGGAGAAGGAUCAAUUUGAUCAAGUUCUAUCAUUGAAUUGCCUGAUGUGGGUGCCAAAUCAAAAGAAAGCCUUUCAAAAUUUGUACGAUUUCCUAAAACCUGGAGGAAGCUGCUUCCUGAUCUUCGUUUGCACAGCUUCAUUGUGGGACGUUAUAUUUGAACUUAUUUCAAGACCAAAAUGGAGAAAAUUUGUUCCACAUCCCAAGAAAAUAUAUCCAUUUCCCUACAGACAGGACCCAAAUCCCGUCAAAACUGUUACAGAAUUAAUGGAGUCAAUUGGAUUUGUUAAUGUUAAAGUUGAAAUGCGUGAAAGCAAAUUCCUGUUUCGGAGCAAGGAAGAAUUUAUGGGAUUUGUUAAAGCUCUUCCUAAUCCGUUGGAUCAGAUGACUCUGGAGGAGCAGGAUGAAUACUUAAAGGAAGCAGUUGACUUGGCUUUCUCCUAUGAGAAUGUAAUUGAUCAAUCUGGCUGUGAUGAAAAGGUGUCUGGGACACAACUAAUGGCUUACGGAGAGAAAUAAAGAGAGAUAAGGCUUUAAUCUAAAUUCUAAACAUAAGUUUUAAUAAAUUUUUAAAGAAA